GGAAAAGACGUCUCUUUUUCGUCGCUACGGAAGCCGAGAGGAGAACGGCUGGUUGCACGGCGGCGGUGGGUCUCCACCCGAGAGUAUGGCGGCCAGGAAUGUAUUGCUGUGUGAAUAGAACCGGGGAGAGAGAUGAGAGAAGAUGAAAGGAAAUCAAAGGGACGAAACUUGUUACAUCAACUCUUGAGAUUCGUGAUCAUUUAAAAGCAUUUCCUCGGAUAACGCAGGCGUCUCGGUGAAAAAAACAGGGUCUUUCCAGGUUUCCCCCUUAUGUCCUCGCAGGAGCAAGUUUUGUUUUUUUAUGAUGCUUUGCAUUGGCGAGCUAAACAGAUGAAAAAGCACAAGUUAUUCAUUGCCGAGUCAUUUUGUUCUACCUUGAUGUAUGGGGGGAAUUACAGGCGUCUGAAAUCAAAUCAUCAUCAAUGUCUGGGCUGCCUCGGGGAUUUUUUACAAUGAAACCCAUCUCUAGGCACCAAGUCUUUGUGCUCUGGCUGUUUAUUUCUCAUAGCUAAGCAGUGGUACGCGAGGUAACGUUAGCCAUAGUCUUUACAUUCUCGUAAGAAUGGGAUGCAGUCUGUAGCUCGAUUGACAGUGUUUUUACGCGGAUUCAUUUAAUUUUUCAAUGCCGAAUGGUAAGUGAUAGCAUCCGACAGUAUUUUUGUUUUAUCCGUUAAAACACGGGAGCGAUGCGCGAGUACAAAGUGGUGGUCCUCGGAAGCGGUGGGGUCGGGAAAUCCGCCCUCACGGUGCAGUUCGUCACCGGGACGUUCAUUGAAAAGUAUGAUCCUACAAUAGAGGAUUUUUACCGAAAAGAAAUUGAGGUGGAUUCCUCGCCCUCGGUUCUGGAGAUUCUGGACACGGCUGGCACCGAGCAGUUUGCGUCCAUGCGGGAUCUCUACAUCAAGAACGGCCAAGGCUUCAUUCUGGUGUACAGUCUCGUUAACCAACAGAGUUUCCAAGACAUCAAACCAAUGAGGGAUCAGAUCAUCAGAGUUAAAAGGUAUGAGAAGGUUCCGGUGAUCCUGGUGGGGAAUAAGGUGGACCUGGAAAGCGAGCGGGAGGUGUCGUCCAGCGAGGGACAGGCCCUGGCCGAGGAGUGGGGGUGCCCCUUCAUGGAGACCUCAGCCAAAAGCAAAACCAUGGUAGAUGAACUGUUCGCCGAGAUCGUGCGGCAGAUGGACUACGCGGCCCAGCCGGACAAGGAUGACCCUUGCUGCUCCUCUUGCAAUAUACAAUAGCCACUGAGGCCACACGGGCUUCGCUGAAGUCUCCUGACAGGAGCGUGAAGGAAAGCAAACUCACACACUCGAGUCAUGAACGGCAAAGGAUACUCUCGUUUUUGGUGCAUACAAAUCCCUCAUAAAGUAAUUAAAAAGUGAUUAUGUUUAUAAUUCAGUGGAAAAAGAGAAGAGGCAUCUUUGUUAGCCAUACGACCUGAGAAACUGGACAAAAAAAAAGAGCACUCGCCUUAUGUCAUUCUGUUUUCUAUGGUUAAGGAAAUUGAGAUUUCAGUGCAGGAUUUUCAAACUGGUUUUUAAAGAAGCUUUUUUAUGUUUCGCUGUGGUAUGAUUUGGUAAUAUUUCAUUGAAACUGGUUUCAUUUUGUGUUUGUGUGUGUGUGCGCGUGUGUGAGUGUGUGAGUGUGUGAGAGCGUGUGUGCAUUUUGUUGACAUGACCCAGUUUUUUGGGCACUUUUUUUUUCUUUCUUGCUUGAGCCUUCCUCACUUUAAGUCACCAAGGCACAGAGGCAGACAUCUUCUGCACAGCCCCCCAAGAGGAGAGAUUAUCCCCCUGAUCCACUUGUUUGAAACAUUGAUGGGUAAUUGAUUUGUGUACCAUGUUUCUCUCCGCAGAGCUACAGAACCCAUACCUCCAGCAGAGAGGAUGUUUUGUACUCAUCACUGUCACAACCAAAGAGGCGACUUGAAAGCGCCUCACUUCUUUCUUGUCGUUUGUUUCUUUAUCUUUUCAUCUUUUUUCUUUUUUGUUUUGGUUUUGAGAAAAGGGAUUGAACAAGGUGGAAGCCCAUCUCUUUCUUGUCCUUGAAGACAUCAAUACCAUGACGUCUUCGCUGUUAGUUCUCUGUUUUUUGGAGAUCUUUUAAGAAAGUGCACAGGUGUCUCUCCCUCAAGCUGUCAGCUUCCACUGAGGAUGGCUUCGCACAGUGGAAUAAGAACUUUCGUUUCCCAGGGAGUCCUCGGAACUGGGCUCCGUUUGGAGUGAGGAAACUGUGUUUUCAGGAAUGGAGGACAUUUUCUCUUAAGGUGCCAUCAAUCAUUCUACUAGCCACUUCUGUCAUGUCCUCUGAUUGGGUAUCAAGAUACUUUGAGGUGCUGAGAGCUUGCUAGCUUCUCACUCAUCUUUAUGUAUUCAGAGUAUUCAUAACAAAUGAUAGUAAUAAUAGUGUAAUAAUAUUGACGAUGCUAAUAACAAACGGUAAUUAACUGUAGUGUAAAUAAUUUUGUAUGGAAGGUGCCAGCUCCUCUUGAGACACAGACGUUAACACUCAUGUGGAAUUGUCAACUGUAUGCAUGGCUAGUAAAACAAACAAACAAAAAAAAAGGACUUGAUCAUUUUUUUUUAGAUUUAUUUUUUCAGGAGGUCGAAAUCCGCCAGCCAAACACGCUCACGUCUAGAACCAGGACACUGGUCUGCAAUGUACGUCUGUGAUAACCAGAGGGAGGACAGUGCUCCCUUGGUCCAUUCUCAUUGUUGAUUUCUUUUCUAUUUUUUUAU